CUUUUUACUUGGUAUGAUUUUUACGCCAGGAUGAUGCUUAACGGAACAUCUAUACAUUCACUAACAUCUAUCUCAUCUCAGUCUCUAUCACUUCUCUUUCCGUUCUUGUUGUUCUUUUUUCUUUCUUUAGCUGCUCUUAUUAUUUGGUUUUAUUUCGUAUAGUUGAUUCAAUUGCAUUCUCAGAUUAUGCAUAAAUGUGCCUUUACCCCAAGUACAGUACUACAUAAUGUUUGUUCCAAACGAUCCCAUCUUGCUGCCCUUGAAACCGUUUUGCUUUAGCAGUAUCGCUGAGUUAAGUAGUGUGGUUUAGUUGGUAAAAUCUUGGUUAAGCAGAUUGUAACGAAUUUUUCAUUCCUCAAAUUCAGUGAUUGCAUAGAUAGGCUGUAAAAUUAUCGAAUAUGCGUAGAGAUCAAGAAAGAAGUUACCAUUAAGUUUGUGAUAUUUAUAAUUAUUUAUACAUUUACUGAAUAAUAUUCAGUGGGCUGCUCAAGAUUUUUCGUCACGAUGAAUCGUAUGAAACGAAGUUCCAAGUCACUUCCUCCACAGGAUGUAGGAAAUGGUGGGGAAAACAGUGUUGAAGGGCUUCCCCCAAAUGGAAGAACAAAGGAAAAUAGCUCCAAGAACUCUGCUGGGUCUGUUGGUGAAAGUUCCGAUCUCGUCUUGUCUUCUGGCUCUGGAGGAAAGAAGAAAAAACACUCCUCCUUCUUCUCCAACCUCUUCAAAUCCAAGAAAACUUGCGUUCUUCCAAGUGAAAGUACAGACAAAGGUGGUGUCGCUGCCGGAGGAGGUGAGGGUUUGACCUUGUCAUCCAGCUAUGAAAGCGUCAAUAGUGUGGACACCACGAGCAGUUUUACUUUUGUUAGCUCCAAGAAGCUUCGGGGAAAAGGACACAAAGGCAAACGGAUUCCAGUGGAUGAUGACCAAACUGAUCGACCGAGUUCAAGUUGUGAGAAUGACAGGCCCAGUUCUGCGGUUAGCAGCAGUAGCAAGGGCAGCACUUUAAAUAAGGUUUUACCACCCUAUCCCAAGAAAUUGGGUACUUUGAGUAAAAUCGGGAUGAAAAUGGGACUGAAAAAGAAAUACAACUUACAAUCGUGUGAAUCGUUGGAGCACAUUGCAACCCUUCCAAGACCCAAUUUGAUACAAGUUCAGGAAAAGAUGAAAAACAAGAGAGGCAAAAAGAUCACAUCUAAUUCUUCAGUUGAACAAGGUGCAAUUAGCUCGGGUACUGUUUUGGAGCCUGCACAACAGGAAGAGACUUUCACACUUGAUGAAACUACAUCUAAGAAACCUGAAUUAACUUCGUCAAAUAAAAUGGAUGAAACACUGGAUACUGUUAAUACCCCAGCAUCAUCUUCUGCAUUACAAAAUUCUAUUGAAAUUAAGCAGAAAUCGGACGCCAAAGUUUCAAUUCCAAAAAAAUCCACCCCAACUCAAGAACCUAUUCCAUCAACUUCUAAAAUUUCCGAGCAGGCAUUACCAUUGAAUCUCCCUUCAGGAUCAGGAUAUUCCAGUGAUCCAAACACGUGGAGCAGCAACACCGCAAGAAAGAGGCGUGCCCCAGUUCCUCCAAAAAAGUCUUUUAAGCCCGAUGUGAUUCAAAUUCCAGGUGCAACUCACCAACAGAAAAAAAUUGACGAGAAAAAUGUUGAGUUAAAGUCAGUGAAGCCCUUGGAUGAGAAUGCGAUGGUCAGCUCGGGAGAACGGCAGUUAUCCUACCCGAGUGGAGCACUUCGCAGAAAUAAAUCCAAGGACAAGGCUCACCUUCGCCCUUUCUCCUGUUCUUGCUCAAACUCAAUUUUUGCCCACCACUCAAAGUACCAGCAGUACCAUAAACAAAGUUGCAAUGAUGGAUCACCUCAUGAAUCAACAUCUGCAUCAAUUUUCAAUUCCAAUACGCUGGGAAGGACGCAUGUCAGAGGCAAGAAAAAGGCACCUCCACCUCCGACUUCCGAGCUUGGUGAAGAACAUGUAACGAAUAAAUCAGGAAAACCAUGCAUUGUGCCCAAACUUCGUCAGAAUAAAAAUCCUGAAAAUCCUUACGGAAAUCCAUUUUUGGACGAAGAUAGCGAUGGAAAUAAUAAUGAGAUGGAUCGCGGAGCUGUCGUGGUUUCUUGUAAUAAAGAAAGUCGUCCUUGUAUGUCUGAGGAACCAGGACAAUUAUCCGCAGCUACAAUCUCCACAAAUUCCUCAAAUGUGCCAAAAAGUUCUAUUGUUACGUUAACUUUAUCUGUAGUGACGUCGUCUACUUCUUCGUUGUUUGGAGGCAGUUGUACCCCGUCGUCAUUUUCUACCAAUCUUUCUACCAAGCCAGAUAAUGGCAGAGGGGCAUCUCAAUCCAGAGUUGAACCAGUAGUAAGUGGUACUUCUUCAGUUCAGACUACGUUGGCCACAACUUCAGUAGCGACGACCUCGACGACCUCUUCCAUUACAAUUACAACGUCGUCUUUCUCCCAACCGAUUUCCAGUAGUAGUGCGAUGAGCGAAUGUGUAGUGGCUGAGGACCCGAGGUCCAAUCAAUUGGUGGGAAAUAGUGGUUCUGCCGAGGAUGAUGAAAUUGCUCAAAAUCUUUUAAAUGACAUACAGGAAAAAGAACAAUUAGCGUCAGUUCAAGGCUCACUUUCUUCUAAUUCGCCUUCUGAAGUUAAUUCAUCCGAAUCGAGUCCAAUAACAGUCUCCAAAGUACCAGCAUCUUCCAGCUCGAAACGAAUAUUCAAUUUCUCCAAAAAGAGAAGCUCAAAUUCCCACUUGCAAGCCGAAGAAACGAUGACUCAGAAUAAUAAUGAUUUGGAAACAUUAUUGAAAUCUUCACCCACGUUGAUGGCCCAAGCCAUGACUGUAGAUAACCAAGUCAAAGCUCACUUGCAAGAUAAUGCUGGCGGUGGUGGUAGUUGUAAUAGUAAACAACAAUCUGCACAACCGUUGAAGACCUCUCCUUCACUCAAGUCCAAAGAGAACGCGUCCGAACCAUCAUCAUCAGCGUCGUCUUUGCCACUUUCUCCCAAAUUAUUUUCUCCCUCUGACGUUGCUGCUCCAAGGCCAUGGUACAAAAGAGGUAUGGGUAGCUCGUCGUCAAAAAAUUCCUCUGGGACAAAAUCUCCUCCUAUAAGGCCAACUAUUACGCGUCUCCCAAAAUUUUCAGACUUGGAUCGCGAAGCACAAAAAAUUGUGGAAGAAAAUAAGAGAAAGUCGGCCGAAAUAGCAUUUAACCAAAACGCCAGGGAUUUGAUCAACAUUUUCAAUACAACAUUCACAACAACGGGUUCCAGUUCGACCAACUCAUCGUCCUCCACUAUAACUGUAUCAAGUACCACAAAUAAUAAUAGCAACAGCUCUGUUUCGGAUAAUCUGCACCCUACGUCCUCUGCAAUCAUGUUUCCAAGUAGUUCAACUUCAGCCCCACAGACGACAAAAUAUCCCAACACAUCCAUAAAAUCGGUCAAUGACCAAAAAUCUGUGGUUCAACUGGGACAAAAUAGCCAAUCAAAAUUACCAUCAACUUACCCUACAGAAACAACUUCAAAUAUUACCUCUCGUACCACAACAACAGCCAAUCACACAACUCCAGUUUCGACAACUGGAAUAUCAUCGAGCUCAGAAGCACGAAUCAACAGCAAUACUGCUGCAGUAAGCUCAACCGUUCAACAACGCUUUUCCCACAGUGUGGAACCUAGUACAUCAUCUGCGGUAUCGCUGACCCAAACUUCCACAGUUAGCGCUGCGUCAAAUUACACGUCAUCGACAACAACAACUCCAGCUCAAAGCAUUUCGAAACUAAGUAGCUCAUCAGCAUUCAAACCAAUCAAAUCUUCAGUAAUGGGCGAAGCAUGGUCAUGUGCUCGGUGUACAUUGAAAAAUCCAUCGUGGCGAGGAUUAUGUGAAGCUUGUCAUAGUCGAAAACUCGCCACAACAACGAGUUCACCGGGCAUCAUUACAAAUACUUUGAGUAAUACGAGUACAAAAGUAAGCACGGUGACCUCAUCCAUUUCUUCACCAACUAUGACACAGACAACAGCUACUUCAACCAAUAAUAGUGCACCGGCAACUAGCAAAAUAAAUUUGAGCACAAGCGUCGUGACGCCAAAAUUAGUUGAAACGGUACCCAAUGGUACACAAAUAACAGCAACAAGUCAGACGACUAUAAAAUCAAAUUUGACAACGUUUCAACAACCAGUAAGCCAGCAGGAAACACUAGCAUCUGAAAAUUUGCUUAGUCAUCAUCCUACCAAAGACAAUCUGCUCAAAUAUGAAAAGCUUGAUGGAAUACAGCUAAAUAAUGACACCGCAAGUAACCUGGGAGAGGUUGAUAAUGUGGACAUUGAGAAAUUGCGACAAGUGCGACUGGCAUUCUUUGCCAAAGAUGAUAAACAAGUGCAACCUCACAAUAUCAUUAGUCCUGACACGUCUUUGAAAAUGAAUACGGCUUGCACUACCGAACCCGAAGUUCAGACAAAAUCUGUAAAUUCUAAUUCAAUAAUAAGUAGCCAGAGAUUUGAUGAUGGCGAAGAUGAUUCAAUUGAUUCAUUACUAUUCCUUCCCAAAAUUCAAAAUGCUCCACAAAGGCCUUCUAAAAAUUUUAAUAAAAAUAACGUUCCAAAUAAUAAAGCUACAAACUCUGUUACUUCUGUCCCACUUUCUCCAUCAGACGUUGGGCCAAAUUUUGAAAUUCUAUUACAGCCAAAUAACUCAGUCCCACAACAAUGUUCCCCUAAUAAUUCCAUAAAUAUUACGCCUCAACCUCUUUCUGUUCCCAGCUUUAGAUUUCGACCAAUGCUCGACCCCAUCUCAGAGGCGGAUGCAAAUUAUUACGGUGCUCUGUGUGGUGAUAACCGCGUCUACCAAAAUUGGCAACAACCUGCUCAACUUUUCGUAGAGACUGAAAGUUAUUUGGGUACCAAUGCUACCAAUGAUAAUAACAUUAGUCAUUUCAACAUUGGUUGCAUCUCACCAAAUCUGCACAACACCUCCGCAUCUCCUCGCCCUCACCCAGUUUUGCACAUGAGACAAAAUAUUGCAAACAACCCAGUAGAGGAAUCGUUGGCCUCGCCACCAUGUGCUAAUUUUAGGCUGCUGUUCUCUAACCCCGUUCAGAAGAGUCAGAACAACGACAACAACGACGCUGGCAUUUCUGCUGCCACUGCUGCUGUUGCCUCUGGUUUUGAUCUAACUUCUUCCAACGGCAACUCUCAAUUUCUCAACUCGGGAUUCACUUCAGAAUCUGAUACUGAAGUGGACUCUGAGAUGGAUAGACACCAUCGUCGACAUCACAGGGAAUAUAAUAAUAGACUCAGAGACAAUAGGCAUUGGAAUGGUGGUGGUGGUUCAGAUUAUUCAGGAGAGAGAAACUUGUCGUACGACGACUAUCGAAGGUUGGGGGCAAUUCCCAAAGGAUACUACGGAGGUGGUGGGAGUGGUUCCAACAGCGACUCUGGGAGGAGAAGAUAUGGUGACAGUAAUAACAAGAGCCAAUUUGGAGAUGAAGAGGAUUCUCGCUACUUCAGUGAGUCCUCGGAUAACUCCAUGGUCGAUAAUAAUCCACUUUUGGCCAACAAGCUCCUUCGAAAACUUGAGUGGGCAAUUACUCAUGGCGAACAUCGAUUGGCAGCAUCGCUAGCACAUGACCUGGCCCUUCUAAAAGUUAACUGUUUGGUCGAUAAGUCUAAUGCGGAUCCAAUUACAAUCCGAGUGUACGUAGAAGACCGGUUUAUGCAACAGGGGCCAUUUCUCGUGCAAGUUAUGCCCAACAUGACACUGAAGGAUCUCAAGAGCAAAAUUGAAGGAGACUGGGGAAUUCCAUCGGCUUUCCAAAAGUGGAUAUUAGGCAAGAAAAUGGCGGAUGAUGAUCAUAUUACACUGGCCAACUACGAUGUGGUUCAAGAUACGAUGGCGUUUCUGUAUUUGGUCACUCCACAAAUUGAAAACUCACGGCCCAAGGAGAAAGAGAUUUCGCCUCCUCCUCCCCCUCUGCCCAAGAAGCCAAAUCCAGCCAGCCCUGCUGCAGUUCCACCUUCACAUGGUUCCGGAGAAAACACGUCAAGGAAUCUCCAAGUUCGAAAUUCAGCAGCAACCCCAAUGAAUCAAUUGAAAGCAUCAGCCAACCCAACACCGGCAGCAACGUUUUCUUCAGUAAGUCCAACAAAAGUUGCUUCCUCUGCUCAAACUGAGACUGUCCUGACUUCUAAUAAUAAGGAAGCAAAGAAAAGUCCUUUGGUAACCCCUAUAGUUGAAACUAAAGGUCUUUCCAAUGGUCAUAAUGCACAUACAGCAGGAAAAACAGCUCCCAUCUCCUCAGUUGGACACGCCACCCCGUUGUACCAAAGGCCGUCAUCGCCAACAAGAGGAGAAAAAUCUGUACCUACAGGGAAAAUUGUUCCAAAGGAAAUUAGCGUAAAUUUGCAGACAGUGGCAGCUACUCAUAAUAAACAACCCAAUCAGGCGAGCCUCGGUUCUGAGCCAACAAAAAUUUCCAGCGUAAAUGUUCAAGCUAAUUAUCCGAUAUCAAAAUCAAUUUUGAAUUUAGAGACCCCAGUUCAAGAAACCCGAAAGACUACCAACAACAACGUGCCACUUUUGCUACAUGUAAAAUUAGAAAAUUUGAGACAAGCUGCAGAACAAGCAUUUAGCAAAAGUUUCCCCUUGCAACAAUCUGAACCCCAAAAUACUUUUGACAACAACCGUGCGCAACAAAUCGGGAGAAAUCCAGUGGUUCUGAACCCAGGUCAAAAACUAGUUCGUUUGGACCAACAAGUGCCUUUGAAUGCGACUUCUUCGAAACAAAUUCCUGCUGGUGGUAGUCGGAAUACAGCUAACAAAACAUCUCUGGAAUGCGAAACAUCCAUGGGUCAAAAUAAACUAAAGCCUAUGCCAACUGUAGAACUAGAUCAAAUAAGAACGACAUCAGCAGUUAAUUUGAAAGAUAGUGACAGUCGAACCAAGCCACCCAUACAAAAUCAUGACCAACAUAAACACACAAUGUCAUCCCUUAAAAUUGACGGAGCUUCAAAAACAGUACCAGCUUCAUCGACUAUAAUUCCAAAGACUGAGAAUAGAGGUAACUCGUCACCUAAAGCUACCAAGCCACCAUUACGUCCUGACAAAUUAGAACCAGUGCCAAAACCACGCAGCAAAAAAACAAUUCCAGUGGAUACUGAUUCUGAGACUGAAAACGUAAAUGUGAUACCUCAAAAAACUGUUGUUGAUACUCCAACAUCUAGCACAAAGGAAACUUGCAAGCCGGAGAAAGUGGAAGGAUUUUGCCAAACCACGUUACCAUUUCCGGGAAUAAAAAAUCCCAGUAAAGCCGUGUGCGAAAACGUAGCUUCCAACUUAGAAACUAAGGAGAAACGUACUGUGUUGGAACGUUCUCCAAUUCAAGGGUCAAAUCCUGUUUCGCCACAAUCUCCACCGCCACCACCGAAUGUUUUAGCUGAGAUAGCGACGAAGAAUGUCAAAAAAGAAGCGCAAGUAAAUGAAACCACAUUCAUAGUUGCAAACGUUCUGGUAUCGCCAAUAAUUAACAAAGCACUAUUUGGGAUGAAUAAUGCUUCACUAAUGAGAGAGUUAUCACCUCCAACCAGAUUUCAGGACAACAUUGACAGCUCCAUUAGAAAAGAAGAAGUGAUGCCUCACCAAGAAGAUGGAACAUCGUCUUCAAUAACGAGUUCGAUCUCCUCCACGGUUUCGACACUUAAUCCUGAACCCAAAAUUCCUAGCACCCCAACAAUUGUGAACAAUGCUGCUAGUGCACCUUUAUCUGCACCCACUCAAACUUCAGUUACCACAUCGCCACUAUUGCCAUCUUCUAUUUCUUCAACUGCAGCGCCUGGUAAUUUUAACCUCAACCAACCAAAACUCUUUAGAGUACCCUAUUUCAUGCAGCAAGCAGAUAAAGGUUCUGGAAAACAAGCAUCGCCCCCAUCAAAAGUUAAGUUGAUGGCAGAAAAGUUCAACUCCAAUAAUUCCACCAGUCCAAAGACGGAAACAAGUUCUUCGGGUAGUCAAAAUAAAAAGAAUGGCGUUGUACCAAAACCUGCGAUAUUCUCAUAUGAUGGAAAAGAGAGCAAUAUUCAAACAUAUCUGAGCAUGCUGCAAAUGAUGGAGAAACAGGAUCUUAUAAUGGCCACAGAUGGAUUUGAGUGCAAAGUAUGUCUUUCACUCGUACCUCCUGGCGAUGGAGUCACGCUACGAGAUUGCCUACAUAAUUUUUGCAAGGAUUGCUUAAUUGGAGCAGUGAACUAUGCUGACGAUUCUGAAGUGAAAUGCCCCUUUCGUGAUUCUAACUAUAGUUGUGAUAGUUCCCUGCAAGAAAGAGAAAUCAAGGCUUUGGUGCCUGCAGAUGUGUUUGAAAAAUACUUGGCACGUUCAGUAAAACUAGCAGAAAGAAAAAUGAUGAACACUUUUCACUGCAAAACUGCGGACUGUACGGGAUGGUGUAUCUACGAAGACGAUGUAAAUAUUUUCAAAUGCCCCGUCUGCACGAAGAAAAAUUGCAUCACCUGCGCAGCUAUUCAUGAAGGGAUGGACUGCAAGCAAUAUCAACGCCAAUUAGCAAUAGAUUCAGAGACUGAUGAAAAUGCAAAAAGUUCAAGACUCAUGCUCGAGAAAAUGAUUCAGCGUGGUGAAGCAUUGGAAUGCCCUGCCUGUCAAGUCAUCUUAUUAAAAAAGUGGGGGUGUGACUGGGUCCGCUGCACUUGUAAGACCGAGAUUUGCUGGGUCACACGCGGUUUACGGUGGGGUCCAAACGGCAAAGGGGACACCUCUGGGGGGUGCAAAUGCGGUCUGAAUGGAAAUCGUUGUCACCCAAAGUGUACUUACUGCCACUAGAAUUAUUACUUUCGUCACUUUGAGACUCAAAGUUUGAGUGCUAUUAAUUUCGUAUUGUUUUAUUUAAAUACAUGCAAUAUAAGUAGUCUGCUAGCAAUUAGCAGACUUGUUCGUAUAUAUCUAUCUACAUAAACAUGUACAAGUUCUGAGAACUUAAUCCUCACCUUACAGUGGAACCAACAAUAAAUGUUUGAUUUAUAAAGUGA